AUGUUCUUUAAUGCUUUCGUACCGUUCUUUAUCCUUUGUUUGAUCUACGGAAAAUCUCUGAUGGGCAUUGCACAAAAGAUUAGGGAUGAGUACAGUAAGACAGAUACAAUUGUGGAGCAAGCUAUUUCUUCCAUUCGAACAGUUUACUCGUUUGUAGGGGAGAGUAGGACUAAUGCUGAGUACUCUGCUGCUCUUCAAGGGUCUGUUAAAUUGGGAUUAAGGCAAGGUUUAGCCAAAGGUUUGGCCAUUGGUAGUAACAGCAUCGUCUUUGCAAUUUGGUCUUUCAUUUCUUAUUAUGGAAGUACAUUGGUCAUGUAUCACAGCGCUAAAGGAGGCACUGUCUUUGCAGUUGGUGCUACCAUUGCCAUUGGUGGAUUAGCACUGGGUACUGGUUUGUCUAACCUUAGGUACUUCUCCGAAGCAAUUGCAGCUUGUGAACGCAUAAUGGAAGUUACAACGAGAGUGCCAAAAAUAGAUUCGGAGAACAAGGCAGGACAAGUAUUACAAAAUGUUGUGGGAGAAGUCGAGUUUAAACACAUUGAAUUUGCAUACCCAUCAAGGCCCGAAAGCAUUAUUUUUAAAGAUUUCAAUUUGAGAAUCCCAGCAGGAAAGACAAUGGCAUUGGUUGGAGGAAGUGGGUCUGGAAAGUCAACAGUAAUUUCUCUAUUGCAGAGAUUUUAUGAUCCACUCAGUGGCGAAGUCCUUCUCGAUGGGAUCGCCGUUGAUAAGUUGCAACUGAAAUGGCUACGAUCACAAAUGGGACUGGUAAGUCAGGAGCCAGCCCUAUUUGCUACCACAAUUAAAGAGAACAUACUUUUUGGCAAAGAGGAUGCAUCUUAUGAAGAGGUUAUUGAGGCCGCCAAAGCUUCUAAUGCUCAUAAUUUUAUUAGUCAAUUGCCUCAAGGUUAUGACACCCAGGUUCGAUCGUUGGUGGGCGAUAGGAUGGCACUUCUUCUCCAAACUUUCGCAGCAGUGACCAUUGCUUGCACCAUGGGAUUGAUUAUAGCCUGGAAGCUCGCAUUGGUAAUGAUAGCAGCACAACCUAUCAUCAUAAUUUGCUACUAUUGCAAGCGUGUCCUGCUUAAAAGCAUGUCCAAAAAGGCCAUCAAAGCCCAAGAUGAAAGUAGCAAGCUCGCAGCAGAAGCUGUUUCCAAUAUUCGUACUGUCACGGCCUUCUCCUCCCAAGCAAGAAUUUUACAGAUGCUCGAGAAAGCCCAAGAAGGCCCACAAAAAGAAAAUAUUCGCCAAUCAUGGUUUGCAGGUAUAGGACUUGGGGCCUCUCAAGGCCUCAUGACAUUAACUUGGGCUUUGGAUUUCUGGUAUGGUGGUAAACUUGUUGCAGAAGGCUUCAUGGGAUCAAAAGCACUGUUCCAAACGUUCAUGAUCUUGGUGAGCACAGGCCGUGUUAUAGCCGAUGCUGGGACAAUGACAAACGAUCUAGCUAAAGGUUCCGAUUCAGUUGGAUCAGUUUUCGCAGUAUUGGAUCGGCGUUCCUUAAUCGAGCCAGAUGAUCCAGAAGGCCACAAGCCUAAUAAAUUAAUUGGCCAUGUGGAGUUACAUGAUGUUGAUUUCGCCUACCCUGCAAGGCCUAGAGUUAUGAUCUUCAAAGGCUUUUCAAUUAUAAUCGAAGCCGGAAAAUCAACAGCAUUGGUUGGAGAAAGUGGCUCCGGAAAAUCAACCAUAAUAGGUUUGGUAGAAAGAUUUUAUGAUCCACUUAAAGGUGUAGUAAAAAUCGAUGGCCUAGAUAUAAAGUCAUAUAACCUAAGGUCACUGAGGAAGCACAUUGCACUUGUAAGCCAAGAGCCCACAUUAUUUGCCGGUACCAUACGUCAAAAUAUCGCAUAUGGAGCAUCAGAACACGUGGACGAAGCUGAGAUCAUCGUGGCAGCUAAGGUAGCAAAUGCCCACGAUUUUAUCACGGGGUUGAAGGAUGGAUAUAAUACAUGGUGUGGCGAUAGAGGACUGCAGCUAUCCGGGGGGCAGAAGCAACGAAUUGCAAUAGCACGUGCCAUUUUGAAAAAUCCUGCGGUUUUGUUACUAGACGAGGCCACGAGUGCAUUAGACUCGCAAUCGGAGAAUGUGGUGCAAGAUGCACUUGAGCGUGUGAUGGUGGGGAGGACUAGUGUAGUUGUGGCACACAGGCUAAGUACCAUACAGAAUUGUGAUACGAUUGCCGUUUUGAGCAAAGGGAAAGUGGUAGAACAAGGUACUCACUCUUCCUUGUUAGCCAAAGGACCAAAUGGAGCAUACUAUGCAUUAGUUAGUCUCCAAAGAACUCAUUGCACUCACUCAACUAAUUAA